UUCUUUUUCAAUAUUUUUUUUUCUUCUAUGUAUGCCUUUCAAUAAUACUGCUAUUAUUUAUCUAUUUAUUUUAGGAGAAAAUGGAAUCAAAACCAGCUUACAAUUUGGAUGAAAAAAUAGAAAUAAAUAGAGCAAAUGGAUCAAUUAUUCUUGAUACUUAUUCUUCUUCUAUACAUCAAUGCGAGGAAAAACCUCGAAAAUUCUUAUGGUGGAUACCUUUACAGAAUCAUGUCCAUCCAUUACAGUUUUUUGCUUUUAUUUUUGCAGUCUUUACAUCUCUUGCAUUAAUUGUGUAUAUUGCUGGUACUCAAAGUCAAAUCAUUAUGGGUGUUUUAUCUAUCUAUUCAAAUCCAGGUGAUAUUACAGGUUCUCUUUCUUUGUAUUCUGAAAUUAUCUCUGUCUUUGCUGUCGUUAUUUGGUCAAUGGCUGCAGAUCAAGUUGGUAGACGAGGUGUUAUGUCUGCUUCUAUUUUUAUUAUGGGGACUGCUAUUAUAAGUUAUCCUCAUGUAAAAAAUGUUUAUCCUGAUAUGUUGUUGAUAAGAUUGCUCUUCAGUAUUGGAUCAUCUGGUGCCACAGCUAUGAUGGUUGCAAUGAUGCUAGAAAUCGCACAUGGCAAAGGUGGUUUAGUGUCUGGAUGUAUUGGUAUUGCUUCAGGUCUUGGUGCAACAUUUGCUUCUCUUUGUCUAUUUCUUGUCCCUGCUUAUCUUACUAUAAGAUAUAAAGGUCAAAAUAGGGGUUUAAUCUAUGCCCAUAGUGCUAUAGGUGGUACAGCAAUGGCCCUUAGUAUAAUCCUUUUCUUUUGUAUGCCUAAAGAUGCUCGCAAACGACCUUCUGUAAAUCAUAUAAAAGGAUUUUUUACCAAAUUAUAUCGUGGUAUCAAAGCUGCUAAGGAUUCACGUAUUGCUUUAGGUUAUGCAUCUAGUUUCUUUGCUCGUGCUGAUGAAAUUAUCAUCACAAACUUCAUAGGCCUUUGGAUAACACAGUAUUACAUUGAAAAGGGAAGUUGCGAGGUUGGUAAAACUUGUCUUUAUUCAUUAGCUUCAUCGGCUAGUCUGUCAGGCUAUGCUCAGUUAAUCGCAUUAGCUUCUACCGUAUUUUUUACACUGGCUUCUGAAUACCUUCCAAAGGAAUGGGCUGUUUUAAUUGCUGGUGUUAUUGGUGCUUGUGGCAAUUUUCCAUUCUCAUUUUCCAUAGAUCCUACUACUAAACUAUCCCUUGUCUUUGUUAUCUUGAUUGCUAUUGGUCAAUAUGGUAUGAUCAUUUCUGGAAUGGCCAUGGUGGCUGGUGACUAUUGUGAUCCAAAUGAUCAUGCCGCUGUUUCUGCUACAUAUUCUUUUAUUGGUGCUAUUGGCAUUAUUAUUCUAUCGAAACUUGGAGGACUCCUUUUUGAUAAAUGGAUGAAAGGUGCUCCCUUUUUGCUUUUAGGUGUUGGCCACUGCAUUAUAAGUCUGAUGUCUCUAUUUGUCUAUAUCCAUCAUGCUAUUAUUAAAUUUAGAGAGAAAAGAAAAAAUAUGAAUGAAUGCAUGUCUUAAAUUGUGUAUUUUAAACAAAAUCUAUCUUAUACCCAAUAUAGAUUAUGUCACCUAAUUGUUACAUUAUUUACUUUCUCUUUUAAUUCUAGUUAUCAUACACUAAUAUAAACAUCUAAUACUUACUUU